AUUCGUCAUACUUUGACUUGAUUCGUAUUCUAAAGCACAUCGUUUUUCGAAAGGGCUGUGGAUCGCCGAACAAUUUCAAAAUUCAUGGCAUCCCUGCUAGUACGUAUGGCGCUUCCAUGCAACUAAAUCUUGGCAACGCUGAUCUUGACGUCAUUGAUACCUGAGUGUAACGCUGAAAAAGUUCUCUCCGGAAUCAGCGUUUUGUGUUUCGACAACAAAUUGAUUAUCGUUAAGAGACUUUAAGCGCUAAAUCGAAAGAAAAGAUGCAGCAUUUGCCUAACGAAAUUUUGGAGCUUAUAUUUGUUCAUCUAUCAAUUGAGGAUCUCUUGUUGUCGGUGGCAUUAGUUUGUACCAAAUGGCGGGAUCUAGUUCAAAAUGUGCAUGUUUUGCCGUGGAAAAAAGCUUGCCACCGAUUUAUUCGGAGACUUCCACCCGAAAACCACUCGUCCACCCCUCUGGAGGCAUUUUCGGAUGUCAUCAACAAUCCUCUGUCGAUCAAACAAUACACAUUCGCCAACAAAGAGGUGAACCCUGAUGUGGUUGUAAACAAGACGAUCUACACCUUGUUUAUGGAUCCCAAUCAGGUUCUACAUCUGGAAUUAGCUUUACCUUGGUUGGUUACCUAUCUGUCUGCACGAUUUACUCUCAGCCACCAUCAGACUCUUCAGCUCCAACGGCAUUCCAAGUAUUCACUAGUGAAGGCCGUAAUUUUCGAGCGCUUUCCGGAAUGGUGGGAUGAGAGAGAGGAUGUGGCAAAAGGAGUUCCAGCUGCAGUCUUAUUGUCUGUGAUUGCGUAUAGGCCGCAACACGUACGAGAGAUCAUUGAUCAUCUUUUGGAAACUUCUCUGAGAAAGAAUUCAGAGAAUCUUGACGGUCCAUCUAACAGCCCUGUUGUUGUCCUUGAGUUGAUGCAUGCCAUUGCUUUUGGUUUGUCAUUCUUUCUUGAGCGCUCUGAUGGCAAUCCUGUGUUUUCUUACAAUGUCUUGACCGCUCUGAAUGAAUAUGAACAAAACCGGGAUGUCGUUAUUCCUGAUGCUCUUCAGUUGCUCAAGAGCCCUCUAUCUGAACAAUUUGUCCUGGGGCCCGACCAAGCACGGGUGGUCAACCAUGUUUUUUCCUCUUCAUCGGACGUUGUGGCGGUCGAAGGAUUUCCCGGUACCGGGAAAACUCUCGCCGUUGCCAACAUGUGUCAAGUUAACCAAGACAGAAAGUUUUUAGUGUUGUGUUAUAGUCACAGUGUCAGGAACCACUUGCUCAAAAUAUAUCCCUCCAAAAAUGUUGUAAUCCAGUCUCUCAUCGAGUUUGUGGCAUCUCGAGGCCAUGCCUUUUCAAAUGACAAGAUUGUAACUUCUUUCGGCCCGAACGACGUUUUUCUUUGUGACCUUCUGGAUUGUUUCGGGGAAAGCAGAGAAGUUGUGUCCAUGGCUGUGUACAAGACCAUCCUAUUUUUCGUCUACUCUGAAUUGACGGAUCUUGCAAUGGAGGCCGUGGAAAAAGGUUGUGUUGAUCUAAAUAUAUGGGCCAGCUGGUACGGACAGAUUUUGAGCGCAGCUCGGAAAAUUUGGUCCGCCAUCAUUGAUCCCGAAUAUAUGAAACUGGGCAUACCAUUGGUGGCAAUGAUGAAGAUUCUGAAAAAUGAUCCAAAUGCCACCGACCUCAAGCAAACAACCUUGAUUGUGGAGAACCUGUGUGACCUCACACCCCACAUUUUUCAAUAUUUCAAGGCACAGUUCAAUCACGUUGUGUUAAUGAAUGAAAAAGUUGAGUGCAUCAAUCAUCGGGGAGAAAAUCUUCCAAUCUGCUUUACCCACACCUAUCGACUUGUCCAGAAUCAUCGCAAUGGUCAUCACAUAGGGUCUCUCCUCGAUCAAGUGUUUAGGAUGAAGCCCAGGCAACAAAAAGCAAUGAAAAUUGGUUCUCGAACAGAUGAUGAAGUUUCAUCAUUUCUGAACUUGCGAAAUUCAAGGGAUGGUGAAACGGUGGUCGUGAUCAGUGAGACUGAAGAGGAUCUUGUCGAUUUCCUUCUCAGUCUGGACCUAGAAUUGAAUUCAGAAUAUUUUGGAACCUUCCUUCAUCCACUCUCCAAACGUUUCUUCGAUAAGUACGAAGCCAUAUCCACGCAACUCGCCAAACACGCCAUCAUCAGCAAAUUCGAAGACUGCAUAGAAGGCUCUUACCUCCUCGAAGAUGACUCGUUUCUCCAUAGGCAAACGAUAAAGCCAGCUUGAUGUCUUGAUGUUGAAGUAUUGUGAUUUUGAUUGUAUGGUAGCUUUUUACAUGAAAAGAAAAUGAUUCUAUCAAGCAAGAUUAAGCAUGGAUUUACCCUGCGGGAUUCAAGCACAUCAAGCCGGCUUUAUGAGCGACUCUUAUUCUACAUCACUAGCUUGAGUUUUCACGACUCUUGGUACCGAAAAGGCUUUCUGAGCGAUUUACCACGUAUUACGGACCGCCUCAACCCGAAGCCGUGCCAGAAUGGAUCACCCUAUUUCAUCUUGACCACUUUGGAUAAUAUCCGAGGAAUGGAAUUCGAUCGAGUGCUCUUCUAUCGACAUUCUCCGCAGAACUUUUUCCGCAAGAUCCCGCCCAAACCUAGAGUGAAUAUGCCCAUAAGAUCUCGUCAACAUCAAGGGCGAGUUAUGGUCGAUAGUUUGAUGAGGGCUGUUAAUUCUAUCAUUUUGUCGACGGAAAUUCAGUUCACAAAUUAUUAUCAAUCUGAAAUUGUCCUUGGGGCAAAUAGCAUUGUUCCUGGAGUAAGUUGUGCCACGUGUAACAAAAGCUUUCGACCCCAUGCCCUUCAUCUAAAGUAUACUGACCGUGAUGAUAAAUACGUGAAGAGCUUGAGAAAAACACACAUCUUAUGUGCAUUAUGUUCUUCAGGAUUUGUGGCCAGUUUUGGAAUCUAUCAUAGCAAGCCCAUCAUGUCCUUCGUUCGGUUUUUGCUUGGGCCUCUCGCCCAUGAACUGCCCGACCUUGCAGAAAAGUUGAGGGCUCAAUAUAGAGAUUUUUGAAAUAUACCGAUUGAGACCGUAACAGAA